GACAGCUAUGAAUGUGACUGUCCGCUGGGAUUCGAUGGGAAGAAUUGUCAAAAAGAAUGUGGAAAUUACUGCAUUAAUAUUAUUACAGAAGCCAUUGAAAUCCCGCAGUUUAUUGGACGUAGCUAUCUUAUAUAUGACAACCGUGAGAUUCUAAAAAGAGUUUCUGGAUCUCGUACAAACAUCUUCAUGAGAUUUAAGACAACCGUGAAGGAUGGACUUCUUAUGUGGAGAGGGGACAGCCCUAUGAGACCAAACAGUGACUUUAUUUCGCUGGGCCUCCAGGAGGGGACUCUCGUUUUUAGCUAUAACCUGGGCAGUGGAAUGAUCUCCAUAAUGGUGAACGGUACAUUCAAUGAUGGACGAUGGCACCGGGUGGGUCAAGGCUGUACGAGAUGGACAGUCAGGAAAGGUGACAGUGGAUGACUAUGGUGCCAGGACAGGAAAAUCUCCAGGGUUAAUGCGACAACUAAACAUUAAUGGAGACCUCUAUGUUGGUGGAAUGAAAGAGAUUGCCCUACACACAAACAGACAGUAUGUUGGAGGCCUCAUAGGUUGCAUCUCUCACUUCACCCCUCUCCACUGACUACCACGUGUCACUAGUGGAAGACGCAUCAGACGGAAAAAACAUCAACACUUGCGGAACUAAAUAG